CUGUCUCCGCACUGCUGGCCUGUAUCUGUUGUGUGUCACGGGCAGCAUCACAGCGGCAGACAUUUGGAGAGAAAAACACGGACUGCGGAUACAAAUUGCCCGCUUCAUGUUUUGCAAGGACAUAACCGGGGAACACAGAGAUUUCCGUGUUACUGCGCGCUGCCGCUGAAGCUCUUUUUUUUGUCUUAUUUGCCUUGACACCCCUCCUUAUACUGCCUGUGUGGAUGGUUGACUGCAGAUUUCAUGGUGCUGAGCAGGCUUGUCUGAUUGAAGGCUUGCGGCCAGGGGGGCAUCUGUGGGGCCGCAGAUAGAGAAACCUCUGUCCACUGUCCUGUCCCGUGCACUGUAAUUGUGAAUGGACUGCGCUCCCUCCGUGAUUUUCUGCAGUCGCUCUGAGUCAUUUGUAGAAGAAGAUGGCGGACAGGGCUGAGAUGUUUUCCCUAUCCACCUUCCAUUCUCUCUCUCCUCCUGGAUGCAGGCCAGCCCACGACAUCAGCCUGGAGGAGUUUGAUGAUGAAGAUCUCUCUGAAAUCACAGAUGACUGUGGGAUUGGACUCAACUAUGAUUCUGACCCAUAUGAGAAGGACUCCCUUAUUCUGGAGAAGAAUGACAUACACCACCCAGUCUGCUCCUUUCAGGACGACUUUCAAGAGUUUGAGAUGAUUGAUGAUGAAGAUGAAGAUGACGAGGAGGAAGAUGAAGAGGAUGAAGAGGUUGAUCCUGAUGCACCUCCCUCCCCCUCAGCCUCCCCUCCUCCUUCUCCUACUCUUGGCACUCUAAAGAGCAGACCCACCACACUGAACCUAACCACUGCUGUGUCGCAGGAUUCACUGAACAACAAUAGCAGUCUAUCCCCAAAGAAAGGAAGCUGGCAGGACUCUUUGCGCAACCCAGCCUCACAGGGUCGUCUGUCUCCAACCCACUCAUGUCUGGAGGAUGGUAGCCAUGUGACAGGCCAGUGCCCAGCCUCUCCAAUUUCCCAGGUCCCAGGGUCCCAGAGCAAAGGUACUCCACCAAAUCAGACAGGGGAGGGCGGGAACCCCCAGUCUCCUCAUAGGCCCCUCCUCUGCGACAUGGAGGGCAACAGGCGAGAGAGGCCCGAAUACGGCUCGUUUGGUCAACAUAAGUCUCACCCAUGUUCUGGUGAUGCUACCGAUCCAAAGGCUGAUCCCUCAAUACAGACAACCAGAGUACCCUCCGUAGAUGAGCACUCCCAGUGUUCGGACACAGAGGUGGACCACGAUCUCAACAGCGACCACAACCACAAGCACUCAAACCGGCGUGCUACUGAUACCUACACCAUCACCAGCGAGUCAGGCAUGGAGCCAGAGAAUGACCUAGAUCCAGAUGGAACCAGCCGCUGCUUGUCAUCCACCGCACCCAUGGGAGCUAACGAUGGUGCAGAUACACCCUUGUCUGAUGAGGAGCUGGAGAAAGACUUUGACGUAGAGUUUAUGUGUAAGGAGGCCUACGAUAUGGUUUGUAAGGAGAAUCACUCAUCAUAUGUGGAAUUCCCCUCCAUUGAACCCUCUGAGCCCGCUUCCUUCUCUAGUUAUGUUUCAUCUAGCCACUCAGAAAAUAUCGACCAGUCCAACAGUUCAGAUGCUCGAGAAGCGUCGAAUGUGGAGGCAGCAGCUAACGACUCCACCUCUCCAUCCUCAGACCCAGGAAUAGCAGAUAUGAACCAACGGGGUUAUGUGACUUCAGACCAGGACAAAGACCUUAGCUCUCCAGGCUCUGAUUCUGACAUUGAAGGGGAGCUGGAAGCAGCAUUUGCUUGUGGUGGUCCUGUUGUCUCCAACAUGAUCUCAUCAAUCUCAGAGACAGAGCUGGACUUGACCAGUGAUGAAAGUAGUAGUGGACGCUCAUCUCACCUUACCAACUCCAUCGAGGAGGCCAGCUCACCUACGUCAGAUCAGGAACUGGAUCCAGACACAGAGUUGGAGCAGGACAGUGGAAUUGUUGGUCUGAAAACAUCUCUACUUCUAGGUCAGCCAGAUCCAAUCAAAGAAGGCUCUCCUCUACCCUCUCCAUCCCCACUACCCUCGCCCACAAUUGCUACACCAUCUCCCGUUGAUUCACCUAUCUUACCCCGUGAGGCCUAUGACGAUGGUCAAGCUCUUACAGGGCUGCAGAAUGUGGAUGAAGACCUGCCCUGCGAGCACCAAGCUGACCCAGAUGAGACACUUCCUCCAGCUCAAUGCAGUGAGGAUAGUCUCUCCAGACAGAUGGUGCUCCAGAUAGAACCAGAUCACAGCCUAGAGAGCUUCAAACGCUCCUUCUACCUGCCAGUGGGACCCAGGCUAAUGCCAAGCUCAGAUGAUUAUGAUGGAAGUGAAGGAGACUCUGAAUCUGAAAGCGAAGAUGACCUGAGUGAGAACUCAGACUCUCCAUGGCUGCUUAGCAAUUUGGUCAACAGGAUGAUCUCAGAGGGCUCCUACCCAAUCAGCUGUCCUGAGGAGUGUUUCAAGAGGAAAGUGUCUGUGUCUGAUACCAUCUCACCAUCCUCCGAUAUUGGAGAUGGAGAUGGCUUCAAUGAUGAGGACCAAGCUAAGAAAGUUGGAAUGAAUGGAUCCCAGGAAAGAGGCAAAGAAAGUGAAGAAUCAAGAAGUAUUAACAUGCAGUCUUCAAAAGGAGCAACAGUGAUAAAUUCUCAUCUCUAUAUGAGCAAUCCAACUGCUGAUACCAUAACCCCACUGAUUUUAGAGUGUUGUGCAAACACCUCUUUGCAUACUACUAAAGACUGUGACAAGAACUUUGUAGAUAAACCAUCUAAGAAUGCCAUGAGACAAGAAGAUGAUCCCGAGCCCAAUAACGACUUGAUGAUGUUGGAGGAGAGGAAAGAUCUCGACUCACCCAGCCUUAGUGAGAGUGUGAUCAGCGACAAAGAUGAAGGACGAGAAACAGAGCCCAAGCCAACGAGCCGUUCCUCAGCCUCUCUCGAGCGUAUCACAGAAGUCAAACACAGCCUGACACUCGACAUACCCAGUGCUCAGACUAACCGAUGCUUCAGCCUCACUUAUUCCACAGACAAUGAUGAAGAAGAGGACGAUGCAGACUCUUAUCCUUUCCUAGGUGGCUUAAGGAAGCAGUCCCGUAGAGGUAGUGACUUAGAGCUGGACAGUUCACCACCCAUUGAUUCCAGCGUGCAGAAUCAUCCCUUACCUGAUCAUGACCUCCCACUGUGUGAGAAAGACCUGGAACUGAGGCAGUCAAAUGAAGACGAUGGACUGGCCUAUGACUCCAUGAAGUACACACUAGUGGUGGAUGAGAAUACUACACUGGAAUUGGUCAGCCUUAAAAGGUGCACUUCUGUUCUGAGUGAUGACAGUGAGCUUUCAACUCUUUGCGAUGAGGAGCCUUUGGGGACUGCUAACGUGGACUAUGGUCAUGAUGAUGAGGAGGAAGUGAGGCCAGAGCUUCUGAGCUCUUCUGAAGACUCUUCUCCCGAAGCUGACCUCCCUUUCUCCAAGAAAUUUCUCAAUGUGUUCGUCAACAGCACCUCCCGCUCCUCCAGCACAGAAUCCUUUGGACUUUUCUCUUGUACCAUCAAUGGAGAAGAGAGGGACCAGACACACAGAGCAGUCUACAGGUUCAUUCCCAGGCAUGCAGAUGAGCUGGAGCUGGAUGUGGAUGAUCCCUUAUACGUGGAGGAAGAAGAGGACGACUACUGGUACAGAGGCUAUAACAUGCGGACAGGGGAGAGGGGCAUCUUCCCUGCCUUCUAUGCUCAUGAGGUCAUAGGUCAAUCCAAAGAGCUGCUGGGAAUGAAAAGGAAUCCAGCGUGGAUCGAGACUUUCAGCGUGCAGUUUUUGGGGUCUGUUGAGGUACCUUAUCACCAAGGCAACGGCAUUCUCUGUGCUGCCAUGCAGAAGAUUGCAAUAUCAAGAAAACGGACGGUACAUGUGCGACCUCCCUCUCUAUGUGAGCUGGAGAUUAGCUUGCAAGGAGUCAAACUGAUUAUGAGCCUGGAGGAUGAAUAUGACACCCUUGAUGAGUAUGACAGAUGUAGUCACUUCUUCCAGAUGAAGAACAUCUCGUUCUGUGGAUGCCAUCCGAGGAACAAUUGCUACUUUGGCUUCAUCACUAAGCACCCAAUGCUGAACAGAUUUGCUUGCCAUGUGUUUGUGUCCCAGGACUCAAUGCGACCUGUAGCAGAAUGUGUCGGACGAGCCUUCCAGGAGUACUACCAAGAGCAUCUGGAAUAUGCCUGCCCCACUGAGGACAUCUAUCUGGAGUGAGAAAUGUUGCCAUGACAACCUUCUUCCUCCACAGCUUGUGUAUGUUCAUCAAUUUUG